CUUUCUCGUGCCUCUGCUUGCAGUAGCAGCAGAGUUUCUGUGGGAGUGUGCAUCGUAUGUUCUGUGGCUUUGGAACGAAUCAUUUUCUCUUUGGCUCUCACAGCAUCUGGAUUAUGAUGGUGGCUCAUGUAAAAUCCCUGCAUUAUUGAUUACGGGAAAAACUGGCAAAGAAGGCAUCUUCUCCUGUGACAGUGACAAUCACUGAGCCUGGGAUGAAUGGGAGCCAUCUCAGGAGAGACAUGACAUCCCAACAACCCAACUGCUGCCCCAGUCUGUUCAUGUGAGACCUUUCACUCAGGGCGAAGAGACGACCGCUCAGAAUGUCCUCCCACAAGCACAGCUUUCAGUGCUUCAACGCUGUAGGACGUGAAGACUCGUGCGGGUCUUCUCUGCAUCACCCGACUCGCCUCCCCACGAUUCCUCAGCAUGGCAUGGUGGUCCAUCAUGAACCCGAGAAAGUAUGUUGUCUUUGCUCCGAGUGCAGACACCUUCAGGCCCUGGAGACCUUAAAGACGGGGGUUUCACCUUUGUAUUACAAUCUUGCACCAUGUCAAACUCACCAUCUGUACCACUGUGUUCAUGGAAGGCCUGUCAGGCCUGAGGAGGCACAUUCAGGCCCAGAACGACAAGUUCAUCAUCAUCCUCAUCAUCACAGGCACAGUAAGAGGGUGGUGCUGGUGAAGAACAGCGACCCUUCCAUCAGCAAAACCAUCGUUCUGCACCGCAGGAGUAUACGCAGUUUGGGGCUUUUCUUAGAGGAAGUGUCUGAGCUCAUGCAGUACCACGUCAGGAAGCUCUACACUGCAGAGGGACGCAAGAUUGACAAUGUGCAGAGUCUCCUGCAGUGUCCCAGCAUCCUUGUCUGUGUGGGACGCGAGCCUUCUCAUCCUUCGAUUGUGGAGAAUUUUUGGAGACCAUCUGAUGACAAACUUCCAAAGUUUAAUUUGAGGUCACCCUCCAGUGGCUGCACUGGCGGACAAGAGGGACUUCGAACACAGAAAAGUGUCAUCAAUCCAAAAUUUGAAUGUGACAACAGAUCAAACAGGCACUCGGUGUCAUCUGACAAGUCAUUACCAGAUGGAACUGACUCUCCAGAUAAUGUGGACUCCUGCUCUCCCACUGGUGACGGACUGAGACAUGACGAUAUAGAGAAAAAGGUCCAUGUCAAUAAAGACGGGAGUCUGUCCAUGGAAAUGAAAGUGCAUUUCCGUCUACAAAAUGAUGAAACAUUACAGUGGUCAACAAAGGUAAAAAAGAUGACAGGCAGGACCUGUGAGCAAAGACACAAUAAUACCUAUUUUGAACAGGUUAGUGAAAGAAGCUAUUCAAAAUGUGAAAACAUCUCUACUGGUGAGCAAGACGAGAGUUACAUCAAUGGAUGCAAAGAAAGACAUGUAGAGGAACUUCACUGUCCUCACUGCUGCAGCCACCAGCAGGAUUAUGACGUCUGCAAAAAUAUCCCAGGGACACAUGGAGCAAGUGGCCACAUUCAAACUUCCAGCUCAAGUGCUUCCUCGCAUGCUGUGGUCUCUAGAAAGAUUGUGACUGAAAGACAUAUUGUGUCUCGCUCAAGUGAAGAGCAUGUAGAGCAGGUGGAGGAGGAGACUUGCAUCAAGCAGACAGAGACAGAAGAGUACUGUACCAUCAGGAGAGACACUUGCUCACCAAAGUGCUACGUGCAAUCCACCAUAACGGACAACUGUAAGGCACGUGUUGAUGGCUCCACAGACGAUCACAUCCAAACAUCGGAGCCAGAGGAACAAGCAGGAUCUGCUCGUAGUGCUUCUUCACAAAUAUUAUCAGACCAUGAGGGGGAUCAAAAGGAUGAGGAUGUUGAUUUCCCACCAAAUGCGUCAAGAGGAUCUUCUCAGAAUGGUCAACCUGAGAGGGAGGAGUCCACAGAGUCAGCAAUGCAACAAAAAUCUCCAAGCCUCACAGACAGAACAUCCAAUUAUUCAGUGCACUCUACCAAGUCAAGAAAAUCCAAAGCUUCUCACACUUGCCAUUGUGGAGAAUCAAAUGUUUCUGAGAAUGAUAAUAAGGCCCAAGAUGGGGAAGAAAGUGAGAUACAAACAGAUCAAUCAAGUGCCAUGCCUGCUGAAUCCAAUGCCUCUGGCACAUCAAAUGAGUCUGAAGCAAUACUGAAUACAGAGUGUGGAGAUAUUGAAGAGAUGAGAUCUAAAAGUGCCAUGUCAGUUCAAUCAAAUGCCUCAACAAAAUCCAUAUCACAUAAUGACAAAGAAACACAACUGAGACCUUUAAGUAACUUGUCAGCUAAAUCUGAAAAAUCCAAAAAAUCUAAUAAAUCAGAGGCGGUAGCUGAACAAGAACAAUCAGAGGAGGAUGGUGUUGAUGAAAGAGCGUUAAGUUCUAUGACUUCAAAAUCCAGAGCUUCCAAUAAAUCAAAGAGAUCAGGAGUCUCUUCUUUAUGUGAUAAAGAACAAAAUCAGGAUGAGCAAAAGACUUCUAGUGUCACAUCACCUGCACCGGAUGCUGCUACGGAUUUGACGAUGGAAACACCAGAAGCAUCUGCAGAGGACAACAUUGAAAACCCAGCUGAAGAAAAUGAAAUGGACAAGAGAACACAAAGUGCAAUGUCAGUGAAAUCAAAUGUUUCUGCAAAAUCUAAAACAUCAGGAACUUCAGAGGUCACACCUCAAGAAGAUUCAGAAGACAAAUCGGGAGAGACUCAAGACAUUGAUGAAAAUGUUAAUGAACAGGAGGAGGCUGAAGAGGUUGGAGAAGAUCAAGACAGAGUGCCAAGUGUCAUGUCACAAAAAUCAUCAAAGUCUAAAUACUCUGAAAUGGAGGAUCCACAAAAUGUUGAGGAAGUUCAAAUUGCAGAUGGAAAAACACGUAUUGCUUUAUCAGCAACGUCUUCAAAUAAAGCUGAAAAUGACGAGGAUGUCAUGGACACUGUGUACAGAUCUCCAAGUACCAUGUCAGUAAAAUCCACAAAGUCUACAAGAUCCAGACGAUCUAGAACCUCUGAAAGUCUUAAAAGUGCAAUUCAUGAUGAAAUACAGGCUGAAAAUGAAGAAAGACAAAGUGAAAGAUCCCUUAGUCCAAUGCCUGCAAGGUCUGUCAAGUCAAAUGUAUCUGCAACAUCUAAAAAGUCGAGUAACCGAAACACGGAAGAUGUAGAAGGUCCACCAGUGAGAGCAAUAAGUGCUAUGUCAGCUAAGUCUAAUGUGUCUGCAGGGAGACCACAAAGCACAAUGUCUGUGAAGUCAAAUAUUUCAACAAAGUCUGGCAAAUCAAAGCAUUCUAACGUUUCCAAUAAAGACAGUGAUGACAGCCAUGGUGACAAAGAUGAUGCCAAGGAAACUGAAGAAAGAGCAGCAAGCUGCAUCAGUAAAGCGGAUGAAUCGCCAAACUCAUGUGCUUCAGCCAACAAAAGUCUUGACACAAAUGAUGACGCUGAAGAGAGAGCAACUAGUGUCAAGUCAGAGAUGUCAGGCAUUUCAAAAUCAUCUGCAAUAUCCAGCAAGUCAAAGGCCUCUAAAGAACAUUUGGAGCAACAUGACAAUGAUGAGGAAAUUACAGCAAGAGCAGCAAGCACAAUGUCUGCAAAAUCAAACACCACCGCAGUAUCUACAAAUUCAUAUGUAAAAUGCAAUGGUGAUAUUUGUAAUGAAGGUAAUGAUGCAGAGAGAUCACCGAGCCGCAAGUCUGGUAAAUCAGCCAAGUCAAACGUUUCGGCAAGAUCAACUCACUCAAAAUCCUGUGGUGGUUCAGAUAGUGCUAAAAAUGGGGAAGAGAGGGGACCGAGUGUCCUUUCAGUGAAAUCAGCAAAGUCAGUGGUGUCGGUCAAGUCUUCCAAAUCAACCCGGUCACAUAUUUCUGCCAAAUCAAACAUGUCAGAGGCCAAUGGUGUUUCAGCUGAAGAGAAUACUGCAGAUAAGGAACAUGGACAACGGGCCCCAAGCAAUAUGUCAACUUUAACGGCUAAAUCUCUAAAAUCAAAUGCUUCAGCAAUUUCAAAGAAAUCAAUAGCAAGCUCAGUGAAGUCAGGUGAGUCUUCUUCUCAAGGUUCACCUGAAGGAGACGAUGAUGAGGGAAAUGACAAUGAAGUAGAAGAAGCUGUAGCGAGAACAGAGAGCAGCUUGUCAGCCAUAUCAGUCCAUUCACAUGUUUCUGAAAGAGCACCAAGUGCUUUCUCAGCGAAAUCAGCAAAGUCGCACAUUUCCUCAAAGUCUAAGAAAUCAACUAAUUCUGCCAAAACUAGUGAUACUCCUGGUGAGAGAUAUGGUGGAGAGGACACUCAGGAAUGCACAGGAUCAAAAGAGCAAGAUGUUCCUGCUGAAGAAAACUUAUCAGUUCAUGACGAGCAUGUCGAGAGAGCUCCAAGUCACAUAUCUAUCAAAUCAGCAAAGUCUGUCAAGUCAAAUGUUUCUAAAUCAUCCAAGAAAUCGAAAAAAUCUGUGCCACCUCAAGAAAACAGUGCAGCAUAUGAAGAAAGAGCAUCUAGUGCUGUCUCAGACAGAUCCUUACAGUCAAAUACCUCAACAAAAUCUGAGAGAUCAGAGAGGAUGUUUCCAUAUGAGGGAAAUAUGGAAGUGGAGAAUACAGAGAGAGCGCCAAGUUGCAUGUCAGCAAAAUCAACCAGAUCAAAUUUUACAGUCAAGUCUGUGACUUUCAGAGAAACUAUUGCAAAUGGUGAAGAUAUGGUAAAGCGUGUCCCAAGUGCAAUGUCAGCCAAGUCAGAUACCUCAGGGAUGUGUGCACAAAUCAUUAUUUCUGCUGACAAUAAUGAUGAAGAAGAAAGUGGAGAGAGGCCAACAAGCACACUGUCAGCCAAAUCAAAUAUUUCUGUAUCAUCAAAAAGCACAACAGCAUGUAAAGUUCUGGCAAUAGACAAUGCUGCAGAUGAGGAGGAAAGCGUGCAAAGACCGGUAAGCACCCUGUCAGCUAAGUCAGCUAGGUCAGUCAAGUCAACACAGUCGGACAUGUCAAAAAAGUCAAAGUCUAGUCACUCAAAAACAUCUAUUGCUUCCAUCAAAUCAGCAAAGUCAGGACAGUCAUGCAUCACAGGAGCGUCAAAGAAACCCAAAGCUUCUGAAAAUCCUGCUGAAGAUGAUGCUCAUAUUACUGACACUGAAGAACACACUGACAUGGCAGCCAAGAGCUCAGUGUCUGCCAAAUCAGUGAAGUCAAAUGUGACAUCCAUAUCUACAAGAUCUAAAGCAUCGCACAGUCCUGUCAAGGUUAACAAUGAGGAACAUGCUGCCAGUAACUCUGAAAAUGCAGUUGUUUGCGAGGACACUGAAGAGAGAGCACAAAGUGCAAUGUCGCUGAAGUCAAACACAUUACUACCUCCUAAUAUUUCUGUUAUAGAGAGUGACAUAACAGAUGAAAGAAACGAAGAAGAGAAAUCAAAGCGAGCAGCAAGUGUUAAGUCGGGGAAGUCAACCGUUUCAGAGCGUUCCAAAAAGUCAGCAGCAUGUGAAGUUGGCCAUAAUAAAAGUGAAAUGCAGUCACAGAGUUCGUUAUUUGUUAAGUCAAAUCUGUCCAUGAAAUCACACAAAUCCAAACCAAGCGAUAGUCUAUCAGAUAAAGAUGUACAAAAGAAAGAGGAGGGGAAAAUGCCAACGGCCAGCAAUCAACCUACAUCCAGUUUGCUUGAAGAAGACAAGCACAAAGAUAACAAUGAUAAAAGUUGUCACUCUAAGACAAGUAAGUCAAGCAGACAAGGCAAAAAAACAGAUGUUAUUGCCAAUGCACGUCAAUCAAAAGGAAAUAAACAUGUGAUUAGUCAUACAGCGUCAAGUGAAAGUGAUUUGUCACAAACACUGUCCAGUUCAGACAAUUUCAAAGACACACACGAGACUGUAGUUACCAGAGAAUCAAACACCAGCAUGUCUACCGUGUUAACAAAAGGUCGACUGGAAGCUACAAACAUUGAUCAAAGUGUUGCUGAUAACCAAAGUGACAAAAGCAGCAAAUGCAAACAGAAGAACAUGGAAGCUGACGACUUUGAACUUGUCCCAUCCAGCCUACCAAAUGCAUCCCCUACUGAGGUGGUAAAUGAAUGGCUAAAAACAAUAACUACACAUGGAGAUGUAUAUGACCCAGAGGAACUCAGUGAAAACUAUGAAGGUCAGAAAAAUGACCUUAAACCAGGGGACAUUGACAGAACAGUGGAUAAUGAAAGCAAUCCUCUCUCUCCAGAUGACAAUCCAAAAGAUGUAAAUGAAGGUGUUGUGAUGAACAGUGUUCCUAAUAAUAACUGCCAAACAAACGCAGAGGCACUGAAUGUAGAUAGUGCUCCAAGUGAUGACACCUCAAAAGUAUUUCACUCUUCUGUUCAUGUGAUGAAAGUGCUUUUGAAUACAAAGGUUGACAGAUGUAACAGUUUACCUGAAAUCUCUCCAGUGUAUGGACGUAAACUAAGCACCUCAGCGAGAGGGCUUUUAGAUUGUCUUGUUAAGUUGCAAUUAAUAAAUCAUGAUGCUAAAAAUGCAGACGAAAAGAAGAGAAGGUAUCAGGAGCUAAUGGAUAUUCUGAAAUCUCUUUGGCUUUGUGAUCCUCCUGAGAAUGAACAUGUGUUAAAGAAGUGUGACGACCAUUAUGUGGAUAACGACUUCAAUCAUACCUCGUCCUCUGGUGUGGAUGUCACUAGUGGCUCCACAGGCUCUGGCAAGAGCGGUGAUGGUGUGAAUGGGCAUCUGCCACAAGCACACACCGAAGCAAGGGAAUUCUACAACGUCUGUGAAGGUGAACUGGAUGCAGACAUUCCAUGUACACCUGAGAAAGAUAUUGAAGGACUACACCAAGAAAUACAAAAGGGAGAUGAUCCAGGAACAGAUGACACAAUUAGAAAUAACGAUAGUCCAAGAGAAUUACCAGAAACAUCACCAUCGUUAAGCAAGAGUUCAGGCAAUGACAGCAGUGCCCAAAAUGCUCCACAGGAGGGUGAAAGAGAAUUUCAGGAGGACAAUAGCUCCGACAGUUCUACCCUCACUAAAGAAGCACAGGUAGCCAAAAGUAUAUCUCAAGAUCCCGAUCCUGUCUGGGUCUUAACCUUACUAACCAAAAUAGAAAAGCAGUUCAUGACACAUUAUAUCAAUGCAAUGAGAGAGUUCAAAGUCCGAUGGAACUUGGAUGACAAUAAACAGCUGGACACAAUGAUAAGUGAACUUAAAACAGAGGUCCACAAAAGAAUCCAAACCAGUAUCAACAAAGAACUGAGAAAAAUUCACAGUCAAGCAGGCCUACCAAGACCUCCUGCAGGCGCAAUGUCACGUUUUUCAACAACACAAGCGGAAGAGAGAAGGCGAAAGCUGAAGAUCAUGCUUAAAGAAUCAGAUGAUCCACAAGAAGAAGGAAGUGGUGAUUCGGCAACAGGCACAUCUUAUAGUGACCAGCGGAGUGAAAACGAUGAGUACUGUCCAUGUGAAACAUGUAUUCAGAAAAAAAUGACAUCUAAGCCACUGGUUCCUGCAGAAGUUGUGAAUAUUGCACCAGUUGUCAUGGCCUUUGACCUUAAGAGAAUUCUGGUGAUGAAGAAUGAUUGCAAUACACAGGCAAUCACAUGCACAUCUCACUCUGAAAAUGAUACUAAGACACAUGCAGCAGACACACUUGUAGAAAACGUGAUUUCAGGAGCUGUAAGAGAAGUGGAAGGGGAUAAAGCGCACCAUGACAGUAAAGGUGACAUUGCUUUUGCAGAAGACUUAGCUGAAGGAGGUGAGGAUGAAAGUGACUCAGAAAAAGAGAAAGCAAACACACUUGUAGGUGUAAUAGAGGCAGAGGCAACUGACGCUACCACAAAUAAGGAUGAUAAUACAGCAGGAGAGACUGCUGUCUCAACUGAACACCAGUCUGACAAAGAGGAGGCUGAAGUAGAGGUUGAUGAAAAGAGAAAAGAAACUGCUGCCAUUAGUAAAUAUGAUUCUGAAAAUGAAACUGGAACACGGAAGGAGAAUGAAGAUGAAUGCAACAAAGCAGAAGCUGUGGAAGCAGAGACAGUGGAUGAUGAAGAAGAAAUUCCUGCUUCUGUAUCAGAUGAUUCUGCAGCGAAAAACAACAAUCUGACCUCGGCUGACGAACCAGCAAACGAGCCAAGCACGGAUGAGAUUGCUGUCAUAAAUGAAGAUGAACUUCAAGAGGAAAUCUCUGAAGCUACAACAACUAAAGAUGAAAGUGGAGAAAGAAACACUAUGGAAGAAGCAGAAGCAGGGACAGUUGAUGUUGGUGAAGAAGAGAUUGCUGCCACCAGUGAAGCUGAACUCCAAGAAGAGGCUCCUGAAGCCACCACAUCUGAAGGUGAAAAUGAAGCUGAUGAUGUGACAUCCACAAAUAUCCAUCAAUCUGACAAAGAGGAGACUGCGGAGGAGGGGGCAGCUGAUGAUGAGCUUGACGCCACAAGUGAAGGGGAUUUGGCAAAUGAGAACAAUGACACAGUCACAGCUAAUGAAUCAUCAGAGAAAACAUCUGAAAAAAGUGAGAUUGCUGAAACAAGUGAAGAUGAAGUGACAGUUGAAGCUACUGCAACUGAAGGAAAGAAUAUGGUAGAUUCAGAGGAAUUUGAAUCAGAUAAUGAUGAGGCUUCAGAUGAGAUUACUGCAGAAAGUGAUGAUGAUGAUGAUGAUGAUGAUGCAGAGAGUGAAGCCACAGGUGACAAACUGUCAAGAAAAGUAUCUAUAGAAGCAACAGAUGAUGAGCUUGUUGUAGAAAAGGAGAUUGCUGCUACAAGUGAAGACAAACUUGAAGAAGAGACUGCUGAAGCCACCAAAGCUGAGGAUGAAAAUGCAACAAAAAGUGUGGCAGACAGAAAUGAAAUUGGCUCUGAUACAGCAUCAGAAAACGAGGAUGCUGUGGUAGCAGGAGAAGAUGAAGGUCCGGAACAGACUGCUGCCACUAGCAAUGAUGAUGAAACUGCAGAAGAGAGUGAAGCCAUAGGUGAUGAACCAAAGGAAACAACUGAAGAACUAACAACAGACGACGAUGAGGUGGAAAAAGAAAUUGCUGUAACAAGUGUGGAUGAAGGAGAAGAAGAGGCUGCAGAAGCUUUCACAGCUGAAAGUGAAAACAUGAAAGACUUGGUUGCUGCAACAAGUGACGAUGAUGAUUCUGCAGAGAAUUUAGAUGAAACUGCAGAGGAGAGUGAAGCCACAGGUGAUGAAGCAACAACAGAUGAUGAAUUUGUUGUAGAAAAGGACAUUGCUGCUUCAAGUGAAGAUGAACUUGAAGAAGGGACUGAUGAAGACACCACAGCUGAAGAGGAAAAUGUAAAAGAGAGUGAAACUACAGGUGUUAGGCAGCCAAAAGAACCAACAACAGAAGCAACAACAGAAGAAGAGUGUGCUGGCACAGGGGGAGAUGAACUUGAGGAGGAGACUACAGAAGCUGCUGCAGUAAAAGACAUGGAUGUAACCAGUGAAGACGAAUCAGUGGAAGAGCGUGUAGAAGUCAGCAAUGUUGAAGAGGAAAAUCCUGCAAAAGAGCCUGAUGUGGCCGUGACAUCUGAAGGUGAAUCCGAUGAGGCCACGGAAGCAGAGAUGGGUGAUGAUGGAGUGCAGGCUGCUGACACAAGUGAUGAAGAUGAAACUGCAGACGAAGAUGAAAGUUCUGUAGAAAAAGAUGAUGGUGCGGAAGAAGAGAGUGAUGCUGCAGAGACAACUGAGCAGGAAUCUAACAAAGAUGCAGCAGAGGAAGAGGAGGUUCCAAAUGCCAGUGAAGAUGAGCAUCAGUCAGAUGAUGAAGAAACUGCUGGAGAUGAUAUUUCUCCAAAGAAGGAACAAGCUGCUGAAUCCAACACAGCUGAAGAGGAAACUGCAGCAGAUGUGCCUGACGCAACUGAAUAUGAAUCUGACAAACAGGAAGAAACUGCUGCUAGCAGUGAUGAGGAUUCUGCAGAAGGCGUUGUCUCAACAAAUGAUGAAUCGUCAGAGGAAACUGAUAAUACAUCUAAAGCUGACAGGCUGUCCCUCAAACAAGAAACAUCUGAAGAUGGAGAAGAACUAGUAGAAAAGCAUGAUAACGUAGAAGCUGUUCCUGAAUCCACAAGAGAGGAAAGCCCAAUAGCUGUAACUGAAGAUGAAUCAGAGGAGGAGAACCAUGAAUCUGACACAGAUGAUAAUGAACCAGUAAAAAAUGCAAUGACAGAUGCAAAUGAUUCUGACGGAGGAGAGGAUUCCUCAAAAGCUUCAACUGAUAGUGAGACUGGAGAUGAAACUUCAGAAGAAGGUGAGUCUGCUGCAGAGGAUAAAGUAGCUAAAGAUGAAAAUGAGACUUUAAGCGAUGCAGCUGAAGAUGAGACAGAACCAUCUAAAUUGAAUGAAGAAACCAGUGCCAAUGUGGAUUCUGUUAUAGACGAACAAGCUGAUGACGAAGAAGUGAAAGACAAGGAACCGGUGGAAAAUGAAAAAGCUGGACAGGGAUCACAAGAGGCAGAAGAUGAGCAGUCUGGAACAGGUGAAGAUUGCGCAGAGGCUGUAACAACAGGAGAUGAGACUGAAGAACAAGAGACAGCAGAGGAAGAGUCAGGAGAAGCUGAAGAGGCUGGUAAUGAGAUUACUGAAGGUGAUGAUGGAGACACGUCUGCAGCAGAGAGUGCAUCUAAAGGAGAGGAUGUUGGAAGGGAGGAACCCUCGGAUAACACAGAGGAUGAAUCUGCACAAGAUGACAAGCAACUUACUGAAGAAGGGGGUAAAGAGAACGCUGACAGUGAGCCUGAAAAUAAUCCUGACAAAGCUGAACACACAAGUGACGAAAGUGAUAUGAGUGAAGAGCAUCGAGAAAAUCAUUUGACUGAGACAAAUAAUGAAACUGAAGGCCCUGAUGAUGUGGUGGAGCUGAAGCCAGAUGCAGAUGUCAUUACAAAUGGAGGACAUGGCAUUGAUGAAGACAAUGAUCAAGACUCUGAAGAAGAAGAAGAGGAAACUGAGAAACCCAAUGAAGACUGGAAUGGAGUCCAGGGAGAUUCAGCUGAUGGAGAGGAUGAAGCAGAGGAAGAUUCAGAGGAAUCGGUCGAAGAACUUGAUAGAGGGAAUGAUUGUGCAGCAAACACCUCAGAAAAUCAAAAGGAAGAUAAAAGAUCUGCUGAGGAAACCACAACAUUAUUCCCACUUAAAACUCUGAGCAGGACAAAGGAGGAAUCUGAGGAUGGUGCUCAUGCUGAUGUUGAAGAUUCUGAGUCUGAAACAAAUAAAGAAGAAGCUACAGGCCUUGAAGAGAGUUAGAAGAUUUCACCUCACAUGAAGAGGCAGCAGAGAAAGUCUGAGGUUGAAAAAAAUGAGACUGCUGAUUAUUUUGAUGCUUCGAGCAAUGAGCUACAAAUACAGAUACUUGUAUUCAGAUAUACAGAUAACAUACGCACAUCUAUGUGGCACAAAAAAUAGGGAAUCUUAAAAACUUGAAUGUAAAUACAAGGAGUGUUGUUGUAUGCAAAAGAGAUAUGGGUGUUGCACAUAAAUUGCACUUUUUCUUCAAAUUACUACAUCAUAUGUACUGUAUGUAAUUUGUUUUUUUCCAUCUUAACUUUUAAGCAGCAUGUUUAAUGUAAAAUAAUACUAAACCACAUGUUUUCUAGUUAAUAGUUUUCUUUUUCAGAAAGCCAGAAAAUAUUGAUAAUAUUCAUUUUGAAUGUAUAACUUACCACUGUGCAAAUGGAGUAAUGUUCAUUUUACGAAUCAUAACAGACUGUAUUUCAGACCAACUGUGUUCAUCAGUUAGAAAAUGAGAGUGUAUUACCUUGCCUGAAUGUGCUGUAAUUAUUAUCUCUAAAAUUAAAUAUAUUUUAAACUC